GACGGAGAUGGGUAAUCUCACAGCGCAGGCGCCGAUUUGGGUCAUUUCCAAUUCGGCGCCGCCCUUCGAACGCUCUUCCUCUUCGCUCCGUACUACAAUGGACACGCUCAACUUUAAGAUGCUGCAGCCGUCGACGACCUUCAACGAGGCCCACCGCGCGCUCUCCAACUUUCUCUGCAUUGGCUCGGACGAAGACACGCUCGACAUCAUCCAGGAGAUGAUGUUUAUGAAGAAGUCGUUCUCGAUCAAGCCGACGGUCGCGCUCUUCACGGCGCCCAAGGACAAGGCGCUGACCAAGGUCAUCGAAGAGGACGACGAAGAAGAGGAUGAUUCGGAAGACGAGGCGUGAAGAGACGCCCAGCCGUGUCCGUGUAGUUUAGCCCUAAUUAGAGUCCGUCGUCGUACUAGGAAGAAGAUGAUGGCGAGCGUCGUGCAACAAGAGAUCUAUUUAUCGCAUC